AUGUUAGAGCAAUUCCAGAAGGAGGGGCUAGCCUGGACAAGAGGCCUCCUAGGCCCACAAUCCUGUUUCCAACUGCCAAGACUUGCCAGGGUAAGCGUUGGGCUCCACCGACUUGGGCAAAGCCUUAGGCAAGACUUGCAUGGGCUGCUGCUUGGGCAAAAUGACUUAAUGCUGACGUCAUUUGGUUGCCAUGACAAUGGGUGGAAAACCAACAAAAAAAUUGCCAAGGCAGACAUUAUUCAUGUGAAUAGUAACAACCCUUGCCUCCCUUUGCCUUUUGCCAUGCAAGAAGGAGCUCAAGCUCAUCUUGCCUUGGGCCUUGCUCAGGUCGGUGGACCCUAUCUUUUGCCGGAGCAAGAAUUGAACGGUGAAACUACUUUUGGAGGCCUGGGUCCUUUUGCUUGGGUUGUGGACUCCUGCAAGUCCUAA